AUGAUCUCUGCUAAGGACAAAGCAAAACCUCCCAAGGACAGCAUGACGCUUCUUCCCUGCUUCUACUUUGUCGAGUUGCCUAUCGUCGCUUCCUCCAUCGUGACUCUCUACUUCCUGGAGCUGACAGACCUCUUCAGGCCAGCCAAGGUGGGCUUCCAGUGUUACGACCGAGCCCUUUCCAUGCCCUACGUGGAAAGCAAUGAAGAAAUGAUUCCUUUGCUGAUGCUGCUAAGCUUGGCGUUUGCAGCCCCCGCGGCGUCUAUCAUGGUGGGCGAAGGCAUCGUGUAUUGCUUGCAGUCAAAGAUGAAGGGCCGUAGCAAUACUGAAGGCAGCAUAAAUGCCGGCGGUUGCAAUUUCAACUCUUUUCUCCGCAGGACGGUCCGGUUUGUGGGUGUUCACGUCUUUGGCCUCUGUGCCACAGCCCUGGUGACCGAUGUCAUCCAAUUAGCCACAGGAUACCACGCCCCUUUCUUCCUGACCGUCUGUAAGCCCAACUAUACUCUUUUGGCUAUCUCCUGUGAGUCCAACCCUUACAUCACUCAAGAUAUCUGCUCAGGUCAAGACCAGCAUGCUAUUCUCUCAGCCAGGAAAACGUUCCCUUCUCAGCAUGCCACCCUGUCUGCAUUUGCUGCCGUCUAUGUAUCCGUGAGUUUUACUUCAUAUUGCCCCCAACAAUCCAGUUUAAUCGGGCGUGGCUUAUGUUUCCUGUCUGGUUUACCCUGGAAAGCUGACUGUCUCCGUUAUCAUCCACAGAUGUAUUUCAACUCCAUCAUCUCAGACAGCACAAAGCUCCUCAAGCCAAUCUUGGUGUUUGGUUUCGCCAUCGCAGCUGGCAUCUGUGGCUUGACGCAGAUCACCCAGUACCGCAGCCACCCUAUUGAUGUUUACGUGGGCUUCCUGAUUGGUUCUGGCAUUGCUGCUUACUUGGCCUAUCACGCAGUGGGCAACUUCCGGGCACCAAUAGAAAAGGCUCCCUCUCACCCUCCUGCCAAGGAUGCUCUCCGAGCCCUGACGCAACGUGGGCAUGACUCCGUUUAUCACCAGAAUAAGUCGGUCAGCACCGAUGAGCUCAACCCCCAGACCCGACUGGAAGGGAUGAACCGGCAAGUGCCACGCGAGAAGAACUCGCUGGGGAGCUUGAAACGGGCGAGCGUUGACGUGGACCUUUUGGCACCCCGGAGCCCUAUGGGCAAAGAAAACAUGGUGACCUUCAGCAACACGUUACCACGGGUCAGCACCCCUUCAAUGGAUGACCCUGCUCGCCGCCAUAUGACCAUUCACGUCCCGGUGGACGCCUCCCGAUCUAAACAGCUGAUCACUGAAUGGAAACAGAAAUCAGUGGAAGGCCGUGGAAUGACCUUGGCAGAAGAGGUGGCGAGGCGGGUUGCCUCCGAUUCCUUGGCUGGAGAAGAGGAGGAUCAUAUCCCGCCUUCCUUGUACCCCACCGUCCAGGCUCGGACAGCUGAGCGUGCCUCUAUGGGUCCUCGGGUCCUCAUCCAGCCAAGACCCAGGGCCACUCAACUGGUCCACAUCCCUGAGGAAAGUCAAGCGAACGCCGGUGCUAAUAUUUCACCCAAAAGCAGCUCGGCUGUGAGGGCCAAGUGGAUGAUGAUGGCUGAGAAGGGGGCCGCCCAACGGGUGGCCAAUCCACCGCGCCUCAUGCAGGUGAUUGCCAUGUCCAAACAGCCCGGGAUGGUAUCGGUGACACCCAAGCAUUCAGAGACAUCUUCGUCCUCCACCAGUUCUGACUCCUCCCAGUACUGCUCUCCAUCAGAAAGAGACAGCUCCAGCGUGGUUACCAUUGAUGCCCAUGCCCCUCACCACCCAGUCGUACAUCUGUCUUCUGGAAAUGGCCCUUGGGAAUGGAAGGCUACCCAGAAAGCUCCAGAUAGCCAAGAUGCUUAUGAGCUCAAUGAGAUGAGCAAAGAUUACCAUGGGUUCCGGCCUGCCAAAAGCGCCGGAGUCUCACCAGGUUCCUCUGUCAGCGACAUUGAACAGGAGGAGGCCCGUUACGGCAGCGUGGCCACCAUCAAUGUGUCAGUGGGUCUGGGAGGGAGUGCAUCCUUGAUUUCAGCAGAAACCAGCCCCGGGGAAAGCCUUCUAGGGGCCUCCAGCCGGGAAUCCACCCUGCGGAGAAAACCACCUAGCUUAACGAUGGGGGACAAAGACGGGCAAGCAGAAGAGACGGAAAACUAUUAUAAGAAGAUGCAAGCCAACCGGGGAUAUAAGGAAUAA